UAAUUUCUGACAAUAAUGGCAUGUUUGUUCAUUCUCACUCAGCAGAGACACGACACCUUGCUGGGCAAUGGGGUCAUCGGCAUUCUCGCCGAGACUGUCAAUAUGUGGGAGAGGAGGGCGCCCUUAACUCCUUCCCAUUGUGCUCGCCUUGUGCUCGGAGGAGGCAGGAGCAAAUCCGGUGUGAACCGGAUCAUCGUGCAGCCAAGCACAAAGAGGAUACACCAUGAUGCUCAGUAUGAGGAUGCUGGGUGCGAGAUUUCAGACGAUCUGUCCGAGUGUGGCCUCAUUGUAGGCAUCAAGCAACCAAAGCUGGAGAUGAUUCUUCCAGAUAGGGCAUAUGCAUUCUUCUCACACACCCACAAGGCCCAGAAAGAAAAUAUGCCGCUGUUAGAUAAGAUCAUGGAAGAAAGGGUAUCCUUGUUUGAUUAUGAGCUGAUUGUUGACGACGAUGGGAAAAGAAUGCUGGCAUUUGGGAAGUUUGCUGGUAGAGCUGGGCUGAUAGAUUUCUUACAUGGCCUUGGACAGCGAUAUUUGAGCCUUGGAUACUCGACCCCGUUUCUGUCUCUGGGGCAAUCCCAUAUGUAUCCUUCGCUCGCUGCAGCGAAGGCUGCAGUCAUCGCCAUUGGUGAAGAGAUCGCAACAUACGGACUCCCAUCUGGAAUUUGUCCAAUUGUAUUUGCAUUCACCGGAUCUGGAAAUGUUUCGCAGGGUGCGCAAGAGAUAUUCAAGCUAUUGCCACAUACCUUCGUUGACGCGGAGAAACUUCCCGAGCUCUUUGCGGGAAAGAGUCUGCCUCCACAUCAUCAGUCAACCAGGAGAGCAUUCCAACUAUAUGGAUGUGUUGUCACAUCUAAAGACAUGGUCGCGCCCAAGGAUCCCAGCAGAUGUUUUGACAAAGCUGACUAUUAUGCUCAUCCGGAACACUACCGCCCUGUUUUUCAUGAAAGGAUUGCUCCAUAUGCAUCUGCGAUUGUUAACUGUAUGUACUGGGAGAGGAGGUUUCCACGACUAUUGAGCAUUGAUCAGUUACAACAGCUGAUGAAGAAUGGGUGCCCUUUGGUUGGCAUUUCUGAUAUAACUUGUGACAUUGGAGGUUCCAUAGAAUUUGUGAACAAAAGUACAUCAAUAGAGAGGCCUUUCUUCCGGUAUGAUACUUCGACUAAUUUAUACCAUGAUGAUAUGGAAGGCGAUGGCGUGAUCUGCUUAGCUGUUGACAUUCUGCCUACAGAGUUUUCCAGAGAGGCCUCCCAGCAUUUUGGAGACAUAUUAUCUAGAUUUGUUACCAGCUUGGCCUCAGCUAAGGGACUGCUGGAGCUUCCUUCCCACUUGAGAAGAGCUUGCAUCGCAUAUGCUGGCAAACUCACUCCUCUGUAUGAGUAUAUUCCUCGGAUGAGAAAAACUAUGAUAGAAUUGCCACCAACUCCAGCGAAUUCAUUGCCUGAUAAGAAGUACACCACCCUGGUAUCUCUCUGUGGCCACCUCUUUGAUAAGUUCCUAAUAAAUGAAGCUUUGGACAUCAUUGAGACAGCUGGGGGUUCUUUUCACUUGGUUAAAUGUGAUGUUGGACAAAGCAUCGACGAUAUGUCCUACUCAGAGCUUGAAGUAGGAGCAGAUGAUACGACUACAUUAGACAAGAUCAUUGAUUCCUUGACUUCUGUAGCUAAUGCGCACCGUGGAGAUCCUAAUGCCGCCGAGAUAUCUCUAAAGAUAGGAAGAGUCAGCGAAUGCGGAAUUGAUGACAGCAUGGAUAAAGUAGGACCAAAGGUUUUAAUCCUUGGAGCUGGAAGAGUUUGUCGGCCGGCUGCUGAGUUUCUAACAUCUUACCAAAACAUCGACCAAGUACAUGUUGUUGUGGCAUCUCUGUAUCAAAAAGAUGCAGAAGAGACAGUUGACGGAAUAAAGAAUGCAACAGCAGCUCAGCUCGAUGUUUCAGAUACUGAAAGUCUUUCGAAUCUUGUUUCACAGGUUGAUGUCGUAGUCAGCUUGCUGCCUGCUAGUUUUCAUGCUGCCAUUGCAAGAGUAUGCAUAGAGCUCAAGAAGCACUUGGUCACAGCAAGCUAUGUUGAUGAUUCCAUGUCAAAGUUGGAGCAAGCUGCGCAAGGAGCAGGUGUAACUAUACUCUGUGAAAUGGGCCUUGAUCCUGGCAUAGAUCACAUGUUGUCGAUGAAAAUGAUUGAUGAAGCACAUGCUCAGAAUGGAAAAAUAAAGGCGUUUACAUCUUUCUGUGGUGGACUUCCAUCUCCAGCUGCCGCAAACAAUCCACUGGCCUAUAAGUUCAGUUGGAGUCCAGCAGGUGCCAUCCGAGCUGGAAGAAAUCCUGCUGUCUACAAAUUUCUUGGAGAGAUCAUUAAUGUGGAUGGUAGUAAAUUAUAUGAGUCAGCAAAAAGGCUCAGACUACCAGAGCUUCCAGCUUUUGCUCUGGAGCACUUGCCAAAUCGAAAUUCCUUGAUGUAUGGAGACUUGUAUGGGAUCUCCAAAGAAGCAUCUACUGUAUAUAGGUCCACUCUUCGUUAUGAAGGAUUUAGUGAGAUCAUGGCUAUCCUGGCGAAAGUUGGGUUUUUUGAUGCUGAAGAUCAUCCACUGCUACAAGAAACUAAUCGCCCAACAUAUAGGAUUUUUCUCAAUGAACUCCUUAAUGUCAACAAUGUAUCCACAUCUAACACAAAGGUAAAUGGUGAAGAAACUGGAGGACAUGAUGAUGAACUGAUUUCAAGACUAAUGAUGCUUGGGCAUUGCAAAGAGAAGGAACUAGCUGUCAAGAUACUCAAAACCAUAAAGUUCUUGGGGCUGCAUGAGGAGACAGAGAUUCCUAAGGAUUGUUCAAGUGCAUUCAGUGUUAUUUGCCAACGAAUGGAACAGAGAAUGGCCUAUGGCCACAAUGAGCAGGAUAUGGUACUGCUCCACCAUGAAGUGGAGGUGGAGUACCCCGACGGGCGACCCACCGAGAAGCACCAAGCAACGCUGCUGGAGUUCGGAAAGACCGAGAACGGCAGGUCAACCACCGCCAUGGCCCUCACCGUCGGGGUACCGGCAGCGAUAGGAGCCCUGCUCUUGCUCCAGAACAAGGUUCAGAGGAAAGGCGUGAUCCGGCCUCUGCAACCGGAGAUCUACAUCCCUGCGCUGGAGAUCUUGGAAGCGUCGGGCAUCAAGCUGAUCGAGAGAGUGGAGACCUGAGGAUGUCAGCAUGGGAUGAGAUCAUGAGAGUCCACCGAGUAUAUAUAUAUGCUGCUGCAACAGAGGCAGCGAGUAAAUAAAAUGAUGAUUCUCGCUGUUGUAAGUGAAAUGAAUGAACUGUAUGUAUGUAUGUGUCUAUCUAUUGUGUAUAUAUAUACCGAAUCUGUCGCCGGUUGAUUCGGCUGGGGAA